AGGUUCUAUCUUGUCGUCUCUAGCCAGCCAGUUUUAAUCAUAGAACCGAAGUGUUUGGGAAAAUGCCUGCAGCUGUUGCAUCAGGCCCACCGGAGGAAGUGGCCGUAAGGAUUUGAGACAGAGGCACUGGGGCGCAGAUGAAAGGCUUGGACUGAGGAGUGGAGGCAGCGACACCCGGGCCAGCCCCGGGGCCCUUCCUCCUCCAGCUUCCCUUCCCCGACACCUGCUUUCCCAAGGGGGAGACCCUCCGGGGGAACUCGCCAAAAGAGCGGCUUUGCCAGUCUCUGCUCCGCAGUGACCUCCCCCGGCGUCCCCAGCCCUCAGGACUUCACCCCCAGCCUGCCUCGUUGUCUUCUCAUACUCCACCCCUCACCUUCCUACUCCCUCUGAACUCACCCAGCCUCCUCCUCAGUGAAAGUCACUGUCCGGGUCCCAUCUCAGCUGGGUGAACAAGGGAAUGCAUAGGAGCGGACUGCACCUGCCAGGAGUGACCCCUUCCAUCUGUGGCGUGUUUAACGGUUCAUUAAGCACUUAAACCCAUUUCACCGAACCUUAAGGUCAAGUGGAGAACCAUUCAGAAAGAUUAAAUGACCUGCCGGAGGCUACAAGACGGCAGGAAGGAAAAUCGGACAUUCCUCAAGAUGGCCUGAUGUGCAGGCGCCACACCUCCCGCCUCUCCCUGCUGCCGUGGCUGCCCUGUCCAAGUGCAGGAGCUGGCUGCGAUGUCGGGAAUGGAAGCCAAUGUGACUAUCCCAAUCUGGCAAAACAAGCCUCACGGAGCUGCCCGAAGUGUGGUGAGGAGAAUUGGGACCAACCUACCCUUGAAGCCGUGCCCCCGGGCAGCCUUUGAGACCCUGCCCAACAUCUCUGACCUGUGUUUGAGAGAUGUGCCCCCAGUCCCUACCCUGGCUGACAUUGCCUGGAUUGCUGCAGAUGAAGAGGAGACGUACGCCCGAGUCAGGAGUGACACACGCCCCCUGAGGCACACCUGGAAACCCAGCCCUCUGAUGGUCAUGCAGCGCAAUGCCUCAGUGCCGAACCUGCGCGCGUCUGAGGAAAGGCUCCUGGCCCUGAAGAAGCCAGCGCUGCCUGCCCUGAGCCGCACCACUGAGCUGCAGGAUGAGCUGAGUCACCUGCGCAGCCAGAUUGCCAAGAUAGUGGCAGCUGAUUCAGCUUCGGCUUCAUUAACGCCAGAUUUCUUAUCUCCAGGAAGUUCAAAUGUUUCUUCUCCUUUGCCUUGUUUUGGAUCCUCAUUCCACUCUACAACUUCCUUUGUCAUUAGUGACAUCACUGAGGAGACUGAGGUAGAGGUCCCUGAGCUCCCAUCAGUUCCCCUGCUUUGUUCUGCCAGCCCUGAAUGUUGUAAAACAGAACACAAGGCCACCUGUAGCUCCUCUGAAGACGACGACUGCAUCUCUCUGUCCAAGGCCAGCAGCUUUGCAGACAUGAUGGGUAUCCUGAAGGAUUUUCACCGAAUAAAACAGAGCCAAGAUUUGAACCGGAGUUUAGUGAAGGAAGAAGACCCUGCUGUUCUUAUCUCCGAGGUCCUAAGGAGGAAGUUUGCUCUGAAGGAAGAAGAUAUUAGUAGGAAAGGAAACUGACACCACUCAGCUCUGCAAACUCAGUUUCACGCUCCUGGAACUCCUUCAACAGCUGCCUUCCUCACCACAGACAGAUGUUUCUGCCUCUCAGCUAGAAAUCUGUAACAGUCUGGCAGACAAGCUAGAGCUUGGACUGAAAGAGAAGAGCUGGACUACAUGUUUCCCAUGUAUCAACCUUAGCAGAAGCUAAGGCCUGGGGUUUGUGCUGAGACAUUUGUUACAGGUGAUUAUGUAUGGUGGAAUGUCUCAGUUUAAGGAGAUAGAAGUUUGUUUUCCCCUUGGCCCUGUAUGAAAUUAGGUCCUAACUGACUUAAUUCACCGCAUCAGACCCCAUAACUGGUCUCAUCGGUCACUUUGUUGUGCCCAGCUGUCACUCACUCUCAGCUGCUGCCUUGCAGCAGAGCAGGGCUGAGGGGAAGGCUGUCACAGUUUAUGUACAAGUUUGCACACUGCACAGGGCAGGGAAGAUCUUAAUGCUGCUCCAUCAUAAACCUACACAAAUGCCCAGCAAUCACCCUUUCCCUGUCUAGAUGUAGAGGUCAGGCCACUGGACCAGCUAACACUUGGGCUGCUACUGAAGGCCCUGGCUAUUUUUUCUUAAGUAUAUUUUAUAAUACUAUAUACAACCAGACCUAGCCUCCAAGGCCCCAGAGCCUCAUCAGUUUCACUGAAAACUUUCUCUUCCAUGGGACUCUAGUUUAAGCCCAGUAGGAAUGGGAAAUGGGAAGGGAGAGAGCAUACCAUCCUUCCAGGCCCUUUGGGCUGGGCCAAGGUUUGUACCUACAGCACCAUGCAUGACACAGACGCCCUCAGGUCCCUUUCUCUAUGGUAUGUAUGUGUGUGGGUUUAAGCAUUACCCAACAUUAAAUGAAGGAUUUGGAGAAGGACUGCA